AUGGAACUUCAACGUGUUAUAGAAGAGUUCUUCUCGUAUGUACACGUGCAGCCAACAAUUGUGGAAAAUGAUGGUGAUGACAAAGUUGUUUGUAAUGCGUGCCGGAAACCGAUAUCGGGUCGAGCUUUCAAAUACAGGGGUAGACAACUCUUUCAUUUAACAUGCCUAAAUGCACCUAUCAAUUGCAAAGACUUUAUUUCUCACUACGGCGAAGGACAUGAUCCCUUGAUCUUUACAAAAAAACUGAAAGUUGAUGGCAAGGAGGAUGUUGUUUGCAGUGGAUGCGAGAAGCCAGCAUUGGGUCCCGGAUACAAAUGCUCCACCUCCGAAUGCAACUUACUCCUCCAUAAAUCAUGUGUUGAGUUGUCUCUCCAAAUACAACACCCCUUCCAUCCAAACCAUACCCUUGUUCGUUCGAUGCCAAAGAAGAAAUAUUGUAAUGUUUGUGGUAAAAGCUGCAAUACAUACCUCUUCUACAGCUGCGGAGAGUGUGAUUUCAAUCUUGAUAUAAUAUGUGCCACCUAUUUGGGAAUUAAUAGUACUUACGACUGCAAACACUCAUUCAUCUAUUUGUUUAACAAAGCCCAAUUCUCUUGUCAAGCUUGUGGUGAGGAAGGAAAGGAGUUAGCUUCCCUAUGUAAAAUCUGUCAACUCUUGAUUCACGGAAAAUGUGCUCGAUUUUCACGCAUCAUCAAGAUUACAAGGCAUGAGCAUUCCCUCGCUCUCACCUAUUCUCUUCAUCAACUCAAAGAGCACUUGGAUAAUAACAUAUUCUGUAAAAUUUGCUAUCAAAAGGUGAAGAGAGAGUAUGCAGCCUAUUGUUGUCAGAAAUGUGAUUACGUGGCCCACUUGGACUGUGCAUUUGAAGAUGAAGAAAGUGUAUUUCUCAAGUUGGUGCAUGAAUCUGUUGAUUUAGCAACUAAUGCUAUGGUGGUUGACGUGGCUGGGAAGAUAAAACAUUUUAGUCAUGAUCAACAUCAUUUAAUUCUUAGCGAAAAGGAGCUUACGGAUGAUAAGCUUUGUGAUGGUUGUAUGGGAUUAGUAUCCACCCCAUUUUACAGUUGUACGCCAUGCAACUUCUUCUUGCACAUGAGAUGUGCUAAAUUGCCAAAAAGGAAGAGAUUCCAACAUCACGAUCACCCUCUCGCCCUCAUGUCACAGGGACCCCUCAUUGGUGGAUUGUUUCGUUGUUAUGCUUGUGAUAAUGUCCGCCAUGGCUUCACCUAUACAUGUGACAUGUUUAGCUGCGAGUUAUACCUUGACGUUCAUUGUUGUUCAAUUCCAGAAACUCUCAAACAUGAAGGUCACCAACACUCCCUUUUCCUUGCAAUUAAUUCUAAUCGAAGAUGCCAUGUUUGUAAUUGCACUUCUGGAGAGAAACCAGGUGUAUUUGUAUGCAUUAAUUGUAAUUUUGCAUUGGGUUUCGAAUGUGCAACUCUUCCGCUUGUAGCCAGGCAGCAACAAUAUGACGAUCAUCUCCUCAAGCUCACUUAUAUUGCAGAAAAUCAUUACGAAGAAUACUAUUGUCUAAUUUGUGAAAAUGAAAGAUAUCCAAAUCACUGGUUCUAUUAUUGUACAGAAUGUGACUUUUCUGCUCAUUCGGAGUGUGUUCUAGGAAAAUAUCCGUACGUGAAGUUUGGAAGUACUUUUAUGGUCGAAGAUGAUCACCAACACCCUCUCACUUUUGUUCGAAAGACUGAGUCCUCUCAUCCGUGUGAUGCUUGCAGUAAGAAUUUCGAUGGUUUGGCCAUAGAAUGCACUGAAUGCAAAUUCAAUGUCCACUACUUUCAUUCAUGUCUCAAAGAAAUAACUAACAAAUUCCCUUCAAAGUGA